UUUCGUGGCAAAUAUUUCAUAAUUAUGAAUAUACUUUGUGAAAUUGUUGAAGAAUAAUUGUCCUUUCAUGUAAUUGUGUGCCAAUCCCCUUUGUUACACGGGGAUCGACACCCUCAUAUAUAAAUGAGAGCGUUCUGAAACUAAAAAACAAAUUUGACGUAUUAACAACUUUCGUUGAGAAAAAGCUCCAGACCGCAAAUAAUCAAUUCUCUUUGGCCUAUUAGGGUUUCCAGAGUUCAACUCACACUUUAUUGUUGUUCUCUAAUUAAUUAUUUUUUCGACGGUUUGGAUCCACUUUAUACCAAAACACAAUAACUAUAUUGUAAACAUUACUUCACAAAGCCCAAUGCUAUUAUCUAAAUUACCAUCUACAUCCAACUCGACUCCCUCCCACGCAUGUUAUGUGGUGAUCAGCACAGCACGAGGGGGCCCGAGUACUCAACUUCAUAUUAAUAUCAGGUUUAUGUCCGCUGAGGGAAGCUCUACCGUGCAUCCUUCCACGGUCUGCAGCAACGAAUGAAAGUGUGCCAGAAUGUAGGUCGACACGACCUCAAUUUUCACCAAGCGCUUCUCGUCUAACAACCUACCAUCAGUGUGUAGACUCUCACUGUUAGACGCGCGAUGGAGUACAAACCUGUGAAACACAGAUGUAAGGCUUUAUUUUUCGUUGUAUUCUUCAGGCAGUUGGUGUUGAUCCGUUCGGACGGAGUGUUUACAGACCAGACACCUGAUGGUGCGAAGCUGUCGUGUUCCCAGUGGUCGUGUAAAAAAACCAUACAUCGAAUUCCUCUCCUCGUUUCAAGGAGACAUUUAAGCUCAGCUGGGUGUGCUUGUGACCAAUAUUGUGGCAUUGUGGGAGAUUGUUGCAUGGAUUACAAUUCUAACUCAGAUGAUGAUGAGAUGGAGACACUUAAUAGAAUAGAACCUCACCUCCGCUGUGUCCAAGACUCGACUGUGGCCACUGAGGACGGGUUUUUAGCUGUGGUCAGUUGCCCCCAAAGCUGGUUGGGAUCUGAGACUGAGGUUUUAUGCAAGUCUGACAAUGUCGGCGAUCUAAUGCUGAGACUACCAGUUACAGGGAAUCACUCGGGCCUUGUAUACCGCAACCUGUACUGCGCUGUGUGCCACGACGAACCCUAUCAGUUGUGGCGACCAACGGUUGACUGCAGAUCCCGGACGCCUUUGAAUCUUAAUGCCGGAUCCAGCAUGAGCGAAAUCCUGGAGAACCGCGAAUGUAGCCUUAGAUCUCUUCCGCCGGACAAAGAAGGACAAUAUCGUCCCUGUAUACCUGAUGCAAUUAAACAUUGUGCCCCCGACCUCAAAGACACUGCCAUUGCAUCUCAAUGUGAGACAAGCACUUAUAUGCAACCCGUGUACUCUGAUACUGGUAUGACGUUUUAUAAUGAUAAAUGCGCACUGUGUAAUUAUCAAUCACCGUUGUGUCAAAAGAAAACCUUCCCAACUGAUCCAAACUGGAAAUUGUAUUCUUUCUCAAUUCUGUUUGAUUUAAACACCAACAGUGGAUCCAUGAAAGUAGGAUCCACAUCGGAAGAAUUGCAAGAAGAAGUGAAUAUUACACACACAUGUUCCUCGAUACAAGUGUAUGACCCAUUCAUUCAGCAAUGUCGUCGCGUCUAUAGGGCUAGUCAGCUGGAUGACGUGAUUAGUUUCAAUCUGAACAACACAACGUCAAACAUCACCAUUGAUUGCCCGAGACUUCAAUUAAAUGGAAGUGAGUUUGCCAUUUCGAGAGACGGCACACUCGAGACUGUGUCUGGAUAUACAUAUGAUAAAACGGAAUACGAUUUCGAUGGAGUAUAUGCAUACGUGUGUACAAAUUUGACACAGAAUUUCACUGAAACUGUCCCGUUCAUUGACACGAAGAUAGAAUUUAAUUUCACCCUCACAUCAGCUAUUGUAACAUCAAUAGGUUUAUGUGUUUCUUUAUUGGGGUUGCUUGCCACGAUGGGUGUGUAUGCAGUCAUAAAGGUUCUGAGAAAUAUUCCUGGGAAAAUUCUCCUCUCUCUAACCACGUCGUUGUUCUUUGCCAACCUGACUGUGCUCUUCGCACCACGGGCUGAAAGUCUUCCAACUUUAUGUAAAGUUAUUGCGGCGUUGAUGCACUAUCUGUUCCUGGACGCAUUCUUGUGGAUGAACGUAAUGGCGGCAGAUGUCUGGUUCACAUUCUCCAAGAGUUUUGUCAAGGCGGGCGAUGGUGGGAGGUCGUCGAAGAGGUUCAUGUUGUACAACGUUUACGCCCGGGGAAUUGCCAUCGUUCUUGUAACGGCAGCCGUAACUGUCGACAACGUGGUCUCUGAAAGUCAGUUCAAGCCAAAUUACGGACGUGGGUUAUGCUGGAUAACAAACAAACGAGGCCUACUUGUUUUCUUUGCCGUGCCGUUAUUUCUUCUCAUUUGUCUUAACUUCGGUUUUUUCUCCAUUGCGUCCAAGAAUAUCCUGGAUGCUGAAAAACAAUCUGCCGCCUAUUUGGGCAAAGGUGUUGAUUUCAAAUUUCGUAUAUGUGCUAAACUGGCUGUUGUGAUGGGAUUGACGUUGGUGUUGGGAUUCUUGGCGUCCAUGUUUCCAUACACCGUUAUCUGGUACACUUACAUCAUUUUCAACACUUUUCAGGGCUUGUUUAUAUGUGUUGCGUUUGUGUGUACCAGAAAGGUGUUCAAUUUACUCCGGGACUGGUUUAGUAAUCUUCGGAGACCGUCUGCCACCACUGACAGAAACCUCUCGAGCCCGACACGCAGCGCUGAUCUCUCGUGAAGAAGAGCUGGGAGGUUAUCGCUACCCUGCAGGCAUCUGCAAGAAAUUACAUUAGAUUCGGAAGCAGUGAACAUGAAAAGGCAAAUACUGUUUACAGUGAUAAUUUAUAUAAUGCACGAAAAUAGUUAGGGAUCAUUAAUGUUUUUGGAGUCAUUUUUAAUGAAAUUGUCUUCAUCACAAAAAAUAUCCACAUAAAAUCCUCACCUGUUUUGUUCAGGAUAUUAGUUACAAAAUUACUUUUUCGAAGAGAGGAUAAAAAAGUAACUGCACGUAUUAGUGGGACGUUUGACAAAAGGAUAAAUCAAACCUGUCUGGUGUUUUGUACUGAAAAUGGUCCCUUUAUUAUGGUUAUUAUAUAUAUAUAUAUAUAUAUAUAUAUAUUUCACAUGCUGCCAGGCACCUUUCCGGUGUGUUCAGUCCCCAGUGUUGGACAACAAACAUGUAGCCAUGUAGUCCGUGUAUUCGAAACAGCGAUGACUAUACAAUUCAAACGGCAAUGGACAAUUGAAGGCAAGGGACUAACUGGAUUACGUACUGACACCUUGUCCUCAAUUUACACCCUCAAUGAACAAUAGUAAAACGGUGAUGGGGCUAUUGCCUUUGGAGUGGAUAAAUUGUGGAUAAGUCGUCUUUAAAUGCGACGACUAUAGAGGAAAUUCAGUCGAAAUGCUUAUAACGAACUACGGUUAUAACGAACUAAAAUUGGAUAUCCCUUUUGAGUUCUUUAUAACCGGAGGCGAUCGGUUAAAGUGGUGAAAGUGUUCGCUCAUCUCGCCGAAGACCCGGGUUCGAUUCCCGACAUGGGUACAAUGUUUGAAGCCCAUUUCUGGUGUCCCCCGCCGUGAUAUUGCUCGAAUAUUGUUAAAAGCGGCAUAAAACCAUACUCACUCACUCUUUAUAACCGUAGUUUACUGUCAUUAUUUUUCGUGCUGAUAUGAGACCAGUGUCUGUGUUUCGCAGGUAUAUAUACUGAGCAAACAAAAUGAGGGAUCAUGAAUAUUUUUGGGGAUGUGUUUUGUAGUGAAGACUUAGCACACAAUUUCAUAAAAAAAAAAAAUUAACCAAAAAAUGUUCAUGAUCCCUAACUUUUUAUGUUCAGUAUAUACGUAUAGAUAUUGUUUGAUGAAUUAGAUGAAAGGGGUAAAGAAGGAAGGUUGUGAGGGAAAUACUGGCAACCAUAGAGGGAAACGAUUGUGAAUUUUCUUUUCAAGGGUGUCCAUCAUCAUAGUGAGUGGGUAAAUGCUUAACACUAAUUAUGUUCAUGGUUUCCAUUGAUAUAUCAUGUUUAAAGGUUUUCUUUAUUUCUUUUAGGAAACAUCCCUGUAUAUACUGUUCCCAUCUCCCCUGUCACGAUCCCCGGUAGUGUGUAUACAUAGUUACAAACAUGCUUGACUACAAUAAUAUGUUUUUACAUUAUAUGUGUUACACUUAGAAUAAUAAAUAAAAUAAUAAUCUGGUAUA